AGCUGCGAUCUGUCACUGUCAAGUUGAUUUAUCGAUUUUAGCAAAACAAAGCCAUCUUUGUUGAAGUUGAGGCACAACAUCUAAGGAAUAAAACACUACCAUGGAGAAAGAUCUGGAUAAGGUUGUGGAUGAAAUAAUGGCUACGCCUCAAAUAAACGGAUGUAUAGUUGCCGAUCAUCAGGGGCUCUGUCUCGCAGCUAAAGGGACAGCUCAUGUCGACUCCGCCGGAAUUAUCGUGGCAUUAUCAGAGCAGGCGUGCAAAAUACAGCCAAAUUUGAAGCCUCCCACAAUCUGCUUGGAAACGGAUAAAAAGUUAUGUUUGGUACAACGACAUGGCACAAUAACCGGAGCGAUUUUUAAACUGAAGCCAUGAAUUGUUAUUCUUUAUUAUUUAAGUUAAAAUUAAUUAUUGUUUAUUUGUAAAAAAUGUAAACUAUUUUAAGUAUCAUGUUAUAAUAAAGACGUCAUUCAGAGUUCAUUUAACUUAUGUAUGUUUAAAUUUUAUUUGUUGUGAAAUAGGUAAGCUACUUAGCUUUCUUGUCACUCAGAUCAGGUCAUACUCAUAUUAUACUCACAACCGUAACCCGAGGUAGGCUGAUGAUUUCAUCAUCAGCAACCUGCCCUUACCCCUACAAAAGGUCAGUACUUCUCUUCUAUACAUUACAUCUGUCAUGUCCAAAUUCACUCUCUUUUUAUGCAAAUCCUGUUUACAAAAAUCCAACCUGCUCCAUACUGAUGGAUAAUGACUUAACUGAUUUAUAAAACUUCUUUAUUUCGCAAGAUUAUCUGUUUCUGAACUAAAAUUUCCAUCAUGUCAAUAUGUUUUGAAAUACAAAAUUCCACAUCAUGUUUGUGAAUAUGAUUUGACUUUGCGCACUCAAAUAAAACUACAUAAAUAUAUUGCAGUGUUAUAUUUCCAUAAACACAAGUCAUUCAACAAUUUAUUUCAAAUGUUUUACAAAAUAACAUAUGCAUUCAAAGCUUUACAUUAAAGCUGUUGUUUAUAUGACAUGAGGUUUUCGGUAAAUCGCAAUUAUUAAAAAAAAAUAAAGAUCUCUUAUAC